GGAGUUUUGAUAGGCUCUAUAUAUAUUAAAAAGAAGAUAAAUAAUGAAAAGAAAAGAAUCAGACAGUAUUAUUAUAAGUAAUAUACAUGAAUUAAAUGAUUUGAAAUGGAAAAAAGUGGAUAUUUCCAGUGGACUUGAAAAUUUUGAGGGGUUUAUAGAUUUUGAGGAAAUAGAAGGUGUAAACUUGGAAAUAAAAGGGAAAAGAUACAGAAAAGAUGAAGAGAAGGAGGAAAUAAUUAAAAAAAACAAGGGAAAUAGAAAAAAGAGAUUAAAAUCAAGUAUAAAAGCUGAAAUUUUGAAUAAAAAACAAGAUACUUUUAAAAAAGAUAAAGAUAUUGAGGAAAAGAAAGAUACAGUUUUAUUUAAAUCUGAAUCUAUUAAUAAAUUUGAGGAAAUUGAUAAAACUUUAGAUCUUCCAAAUUGGAAAGAUUUUAAUUUAUCAAAAAUUAUAUUAAAAGGCCUUGAUGAUUCUUCUUUUUUUUCACCAACUGAAAUACAAAGAAGGGCUAUUGAAAGUAUAAUGAAGGGAAACAAUGUUAUAGCCAAAGCUGAAACAGGAUCAGGAAAAACUUUAGCAUUUGGAAUUCCAGUGAUUGAUUAUAUUAUUAAAAACAAUAUAUCAGUAGUUUCAUCUCUUAUUUUUUCUCCUACAAGAGAAUUGGCAUGUCAAAUUGCAAAACAUCUUGAAUCUAUUUCUAAAUUUUCUUCAAUAUCUAUUAUUACUAUUGUAGGAGGUUUAUCAAUUCAAAAACAAGAACGACUGCUUAAAAGAAUUCCUAACAUUAUUGUUGCAACUCCUGGUAGAUUAUGGGAAAUAAUGAAUCAAAAUGAUGAAUUUAUUAAAAUGCUGUCUAAAGCUAAAUUUUUAAUACUUGAUGAAGCAGAUAGACUUUUACAAGAAGGGCAUUUUAAAGAACUAGAUGAUAUCCUUAAUACUUUAAAAAGAUAUAAAAUUCAAAUGCAAAUAUUGGUUUUUUCUGCUACUUUUAAGAAAAGUUUACAUAAAAAAAUUAACAAUAUUAUUCAUGAAACAACUACUUCAACACAAAACAAAAUAGAAUUAUUUCAGGAUGAAUUAAAAUCUAAUAAUAAAUUUGAUUUUAUUGAUGCUAAUCCUGAAGAAAGUAUUCCUAAAAAAAUAAAAGAAGGAAUGAUACAAUGUGAAAACAUGGAAAAGGAUUUAUAUUUGUAUUACUUUUUAUUAAAAUAUCCAGGACGCACUAUUGUUUUUAUGAAUAGUAUAGAUCAUGUUCACCGAAUUGUGAUUAUGCUGAAUGAACUUAACAUAAAACCUCUUUCUUUACAUUCUAAGCUCCCUCAAAAACGAAGGUUACAAGUAAUUGAAAAAUUUAAUAAAAAUGAGACAAGUAUUUUAAUAGCAUCUGAUAUAGCAGCUAGAGGAUUGGAUAUUUUUAAAAUACAACAUGUAAUUCAUUAUCAUUUACCAAGAUCAAUGGAUCUUUAUAUACAUAGAUCAGGAAGAACAGCUCGUGCAGAGAAUUCUGGAGUAUCUAUUUUAUUAUACACACCUGAUGAAACAAUUAAGCUUAAAAAAAUGUUAUUUCUCAUAGGGAAAAGUAUUGAUGAAAUGCUAUCUUUUCCUGUAGAUCAUUUCUUAUUAAAAAAGCUAAAACCACGUAUUGAUCUUGGACAAAGAAUUACAAAUGCUAUACGCCAUAUAAAUAAGCAACGUCAUAAUUGUAUUUGGCUGAAAGAAGCAGCUGAUGAUUUAGGUGUUAAUAUGAAUGAAUUCAAUUCUGAAAAUGAUAAGGAAAAGAAUAUAUCAAAAAAGGACAUUCAAAUACUUAGACUUCAGUUAAAACAACUUCUUUCACAAACCCUUUAUUCUCAAUUUUCACAAAAAUAUCUUACAUAUGGUUUGAAUAAUAUUGCACAAAAUAUUAUUCAAGGAAAAACACAUCCUACCUUCUUAGGAACAACAAACCUGGAUGCUUUAGAUAUUUUUAAGAACAAAUAAGUAAUUCCACUCUAUAAAACACUGAUAAAAAUAUUUAAAUAUAAA